ACUUUCGUUAUUCUUUUUUUUUCUACGAAAAAAGGAAAACAAUCAAGUUAUCAAGUACUAGUGACCUACCUAGUCAGACUAGUCUACUCAUACUGUGAAACUGUCUCAAGUCUCAGUCUAGAGUUAGAGUCUCUAGUCUAGUUACUUUAACUCUGGUGAUCUAGUAAAGUAAAAGUCUAGUUUAGUAAAAAUUGUAAAUAUGGCUACUGUUUUAAAACACUGUAUACUAAAUUCAAAUCAAUUACUCAAUUAUGUUUGGAUUCGUAAAUCAUCAAAUGUCACUACUAUGUCAGCUUGGGCAAUAAACUCUUAUGGAGGCAUAGAAAAUCUUUAUUUAUCUUCAAGUGGUUGUAUGUCAGCCAUCCGAAGUCCUGAUCAACUGCUUAUAAAAGUGCAUGCAGCAAGUAUAAAUCCAAUUGAUGUUAGAAUGAUAGGUGGCUAUGGAAGAGUGUUGAUAAAUGUACUCAGGAAGCAAAGUGGUUCAGUAACAUCAGGAACAGAGUUCCCAUUAACUGUUGGGAGAGAUUUUUCUGGAACUGUGGUAGAAGUCGGUGGAAAUGUAUCCAAAUAUAAAGUUGGUGAUGAGGUAUGGGGAGCCAUAGGCGCCAACAAACCUGGAACUCAUGCUAAAUUUGUGGUUGCUUCUCAGAGUGAGAUAUCCAAAAAACCAGCCAACAUUUCUCACAUUGAGGCAGCUUCCAUUCCAUAUGUUGCAGCCACAACAUGGGCAGCACUGUGUACUGUAGGAGAAUUGAAGGAAAAAAAUGCCACUGGCAAGAGAUUGUUAAUCUUAGGUGGAUCUGGCGGUAUUGGAACAUUCAGCAUUCAGUUGGCUAAAGCCUGGGGUAUGCAUGUAACAGUGACCAGUAGUACAGAUGCUAUUGAUCUUGUCACAAGUCUAGGAGCUGACACUGUUAUAGAUUAUAAAACAAAGAAGUUAUGGAAUGAGCUUAAACUACAUGAAAAAUUUGAUUAUAUCUUAGAUACUGUAGGAGGUGAGUACACAGAUAAGUCUCUUGCCUUCUUGAGUCCAUGGAAGUCUGCACAUUUAGUCACACUUGUCACACCUCUUUUGAAAAACUGUGAUGAUUUUGGCACAGUACCUGGUCUAUUUAAAGCUGCACUCUCUGCUGGAGUAGACACUUUUAAGGGACUGACAAGUGGGCGAAGUGUCAGAUGGGCAAUAUUUACACCUAAUGGUUCUGCUUUGGAUAGAGUGAAACAAAUGGUUGAAACAGAACAGAUAAAGCCAGUAGUUCAAGAAACAUUUCCAUUCUCUAAAGUUCGGGAAGGUUUCAAGAAAGUAUCAGAAGGUCAUCUCAGAGGCAAAAUUGUCAUUGAUGUGCUCAGAGAUAAUUAAGUUGACCAUAGAGUUUAUAUGUUGCUGUGUCAAUGAUUAUUUAAUUAUUGUAUUUGAGUUAAAUUUAUUUUUGUUGUGUAUAUAUUUUAAAUAUUUCAAUAUGAAAUAUCAGAGAAGACCUGAUGUUUUGAACAAAGACAAUAUCAAAAUAUAAUCCAUCUAAUUUUUA